AUGCCUGUCGAGGAAUCCCAGCCAGAGCCAAAGAGGGCCAGAAGGAAUUUUCACCCGUUCUUGAGCUUUUCAGAAGAGGACAUGAUCGGAAUCACCCAACCCCAUGACGAUGCGCUAUUGAUCACUCUUAGAAUCGGGGGCUACGAUGUGAAAAGAGUGAUGGUGGAUGGUGGCAGUGCUGUCGAGGUCAUGUACCUUGAUCUCUACAAGGGGCUGGGGCUAAAAUCGAAGGAUCUGAUGCCCUAUAGCUCCCUUUUAAUGACCUUCGAUGGGAAGCUUGUUAUCCCAAAGGGCAUGAUUAGGCUACCCAUCCAGACCGGCCCAGAGAUAGUGGAAGUAAACUUUAUCGUGGUGGACAAGUACUCUCCAUAUACGGCCAUCGUCGGUAGGCCCUGGCUCCAUACCUUAGGGGCUGUUGCCUCCUCAUUGCAUCAGAAGACCCCAAAUUCGCCCCCUGACACCACUGUCGACGAGGCAAAGUGCAAGGACUUGGAAAAGGUGGUUAUUGGCGGCGACUCGGAGAAAAUAUUUUGGGUAGGGGCUCAGCUGCCUCUUCAGGAGAAGGAGGAGCUGAUUGAGUUUCUUAAAAGAAAUAUUGAUGUAUUUUCAUGGGAUGCUUGCGAUGCCCCCAGGAUCGACCCGGACGUCAUCUGCCAUUACCUCAAUGUCAACCUGGCCAUCACUCCCAAGAAGCAACCACCCUGUUGCCCGUCAAAAGAGCAUGCCGAUGCGAUUAGGGACGAAAUGGCAAAGCUUAAACGUGUUAGGGCUAUCAAAGAAGUCUUUUACCCUGAAUGGCUGGCCAACACUGUGGUGGUCAAGAAGAAAAGUGGGAAAUGGCGAGUUUGCAUGGACUUUACAGACCUGAAUAAGGCGUGCCCUAAGAACCCGUUCCCAAUGCCUCGGAUAGACCAGCUAGUGGAUGCGAUAGCAGGCCAUCCUCGGAUGAGCGUCUUAGGUGCCUUUCAAGGCUAUCAUCAAAUACCACUAGCGUUGGAGGAUUAG